CGUGAGGCGCCGUUCAGCUGCCGGUCACACACGCGCUCUCUGCUCGGUAAUCUGCACCGGGCGAGUGUGUGUGAGUGUGUGUGUGGCGGAUGGAGGCGGCGGUGAUGGCGGAGCUGGAGCUGCAGAAGCUGCAGGAGCUCGUGCGGAAACUGGAGCUCCAGAACGAGCAGCUGCGGGCGCGCGCAAUCACCGCGCCACCGAGCCGAGCCUGCCGGUGCUUCCCGGAGGACGAGCCGUUCCCGUACUUCCGGCCGCAUUCCGCCGCGGAGGAAGAUGAAGAGGAGGAGGAUGAUGAUAAUGAAGAAGAGCUGAUGCUGCUGGAUCUGGAGACCCUGAGCCCGAGCGCGCAGUCCGAGGAGACCUGGCUGUAUGUGUGUCCGCGGGCUCCUCCGUGGUCCGCUUCUCCUCUGUCUGCUGUUCAGUGGUGUCGACGGGUUCUGGACCAGCAGCAACCCGAGAUGGAGACGCCUCGACACUCGCUCUGCCAGUCCGUCAGUAGAUGGAGGUCUGCUUUCUCCUCUCCCGCUUCUCCUGCUGUAGCUGGUGUUUCACCUCUCUGCACCUCCUCACCCUCCAAUCCCUGUGCUCCUGACAGAGCAGGCUGCAGUGUGUUCCCUCAGUCAUCAGUGGACAGUGGUGUGUGUGUGUCUGCGCUGGACGCCGGCUCUGUUCCUCUGGACUCUCAUUAUAAGCUGCAGGAUCUGACGGAUGUUCAGGUGAUGGCCAGACUGCAGGAGGAGAGUUUGCGUCAGGACUUCGCCUCCUCCUCCUCCUCCUCCUCCUCUAAUAAGCGCCGCAGCUUCCAGUGUGGUAAUCACAGCACUUCACAUGAUGAUGAUGAUGAUGAUGAUGAUGAUGAAGAGUACGCUCAGCUGCCGCCUCCACAGCCGCGUCUGCAGCAGCGCAGCCUCCCGCAUUCACACACAUUCAGCAGCAUCAGAGACUGGAGACGCAGCAGCAGCGCAGCCCUGCAGACACACACACACUCACAGACCAGCAGCAGCGCAGAUACGCUGAGGAGGAGUAUGCCAGACCUGCUGACCGCUGUGAGUCUGACUCCAGCACUGAACUCUGUGUCCAUCAGGAGCAGCCAGAGCUUUGAGUCCUCCAGCGCUCUGAUGAGGACCUGCAUUCCAGCUCCUGGUCAUCUGCAGACCCGUGUUCAGAGUGUGGGGAAUUUCUCCAGUCGUCCCCAGCUCAAGGCCACGGCGUACGUCAGUCCCACUAUCAAGGGCUCGUCCUGCAGCUCGUCCCCCAGCGGGCCCCAGUGCGUGUCCAGCGGCGUCCCGAAGGCGUCUGCAGCGUCCCAGAUCCCGUCCCGCAGUGGUCUGCCACGACCGGCGUCCUUCAUAGCGGCGGGCUCGAACCCUCGCAGUAAACUCAGCACACCUGUGCGCAGUUUGCUGACUCCACCAAAGAGCCUGGCGCCGCUGAGUGCUCUGCGGGACGGACACUGGCGGGAUGGGUGUUACUGA